AUGCGUCCCUCUCGUGACCGAAAAUAUCAAGCCGAAACAGGACGAAUUUCUGGCGGCCACAAUGCUAGCGAAGAUACGCGUUCAGACAAUCGUAUCGUCAGAGAUGGCGCCUUCGAUUCUUACCACGACUUCAUGAGGUCUCACGGCCUACGGACUGGUGCUACUGGCGUGCCCAACGACUACGAGGAAGCCAAACAGAUCGUCCAAGGAUACCGUGAAGUAGACGCACACGCACGUCGCAGCAGCAUCGGCAAUGGCCAGCAGGGCAACGCGGAGAGAAACUCAACCUCUGAUAGUGACCGGUCGUGUCUCGACUCGGACACUGAGCCGGAGCCGUCCGAUUCCGAGGAAGAAUACGUAGACCAGGACGCUCGUGGUGGACGGGACAUGAGAUAUGAUGAAGAGAGCAUGGGCAGCGAUCGCCAAGACGAAGACGGUGUCGACGACGAUGAUGAACCUUGCAAAGACUCAGAAUGGGACGACGACGACCAUAUCGAAGACGAUUACUACGAAGAUGGGUUCAAUAAUGGCGAUGAUUACUGA